AUCUCACUGUUGCUCCACCCAAAAAGGAUAUGCACGGGGAGCUUAGAAAGGCUGAAACAAUUCAACCUGAAGCAUAACUUUUCCCUGUACGAGGGUAAAGUCCUGUGCUCGUGUAUGAAAUCACAUGGCAUUAUAAGAAUGCUUCAAAGAUGGCGGUAGCAUCGGCGGUUUGCGGGAACAGAGCGCAGAGGAGCGCGUGUGUGGAGGUGCUGGUGCGGGAGCGAUGGCACGCGGUGUUCGCGAGUUUAAGCGACGAGUCUCUGACGCUCAGCUGCGAGGAGCCCGCCGGAGAGCCCGCCGUUAACCUGAACGGCAUCACCACUAACGGCUCUUACGAUCACCCGGACAGUCCCAGGACUCCAUACGCGGAUUCACAAGUGCCCGAAGCGAUCGCGAACCGAAAAAGAUGCGUCAAAGUGACCAAACAGGAGGUCGGAGGACUGGGCAUCAGCAUUAAAGGUGGGAAGGAGAAUAAGAUGCCCAUUCUUAUUAGUAAAAUCUUCAAGGGUCUGGCUGCGGAUCAAACGCAAGCGCUUUACGUCGGAGACGCGAUCCUGUCCGUGAACGCGAUCAAUCUGCGUGACGCUACGCACGACGAGGCGGUGCAGGUGCUGAAGAAAGCAGGCAGAGAAGUUGUGCUGGAAGUGAAGUAUAUGCGGGAAGCCACCCCAUAUGUGAAAAAAGGGUCACCGGUGUCUGAGAUCGGCUGGGAGACCCCUCCACCCGAGUCUCCACGUCUUGGCAGCCCUCACUCUGAUAUUCCCAACCCCCUCUCGCUAUCGAUACAUGGCGACCGCCGAUACAUCCCCCUCAAAAUGUGCUACAUCACCCGCAGCAUGACCGUCCCUGACCCAGAAAACAGACAGCUGGAGCUGCACUCCCCUGAUGCCAAGCACACAGUUGUCAUGCGUUUUAAAGACACGUCUUCAACCCAGACCUGGUUUACUCUGAUGCAGUCCACCAUCACAAACCUCACCAGCAAAGUCAUCGGAGAAGUCGGAGAACACGUGGGUCGCCACGGCAUUGCCGGCAGCCGAGAGAUCCGGCACCUCGGUUGGCUGGCGGAAAAGUCUGAAAGCGAGAGGCAGCGCUGGAAGCAGGUGCUGGUUGUGUUGACGGAGAAAGACCUGCUUUUGUUUGACAGUAUGCCACGGAUGAGAGAGCACUGGCUCAGCCCCACACACGCCUACCCUCUGCUCGCCACACGGCUGGUUCACUCUGGCCCAGAUAAAGGUUCACCACAGCCUGGCGGCGAGUUAUCCUUUGCCACACGGACUGGAACCAGAUUGGGUAUCGAAGCCCACCUCUUCAGGGCGGAGACCUGCAAGGAUCUGUCACUAUGGACCAGACACAUAGUCAGUGGCUGCCAUGCAUCUGCUGAGAUGAUCAAAGAGGUCACUACCAAGCACAUCUGAGAGCAUCUAUUUUCUGAACACGAUACAUCUGGCUUCCUCUCCUGUGUGUUUACAUUUGAUGUUUGGCCAUGGUUUCUUUGAUAUAAAUGUACUUAAAUGAAAUGAUAUAUUUUGGGCUGCUCGACUGCUUCCAUGCCAACAUAAAUACAGCUCAGCUCUCUGCUCCAAGUCUGUGGCUUCUGUAAAUGUUGUAUUGGGAAGUUCUAUGCUGCACUACAGUAUUUCAGAGUUUUGGACUGAAGACAUUAAAGAAAAAAAGUGUAUUUUUAGAAUGGAAUGCCAUGGCAGAGUUCCUGUGUGGUCCCAAUGCAUCAGGCGAGGGGCACCGAGCAACGCAUUGUGGGAAUUGAAGCUCUCCGGCGGUCCUUGAGCCCAGACUGAUAGGAAAUUAUCUGGACUGCAUAUUGGCCUCUGGAGACCAACGCUCCUUAUUUGGAUAUCUCACGGUUUUCCCCUUCUGCUUCCUUGAAAUCAAAAGUUUCAUCAGAUCAGUUUUUAAGAGUAUUUUCAUUUAACCUACGAAGUUGGAAAGGCAAGUGGAUGGAGGCUCAACAGAAUAAUUCAUAUUAAUUCUGUAGUAAUGGGUGACGUAUUUGAACAAUCUGAGAAAAACUCAGCUGUCUUGGAAGAUCUACUGAAUGAAAAACAAUAAAAAUAGCCUGACCUUGUUACAACACCCCUGAAACUCUAAUUAAUACAUUUGGGAGAACAGGAUAAUUGUUGAGAGGAUCAACGGAUGCAUCCUCUCACAACAAAGCAGACCUUCCUCAACACUAUGAAUGGCAUAUCAGAUUAAUUUCAAAAAUAUCUUUUAUUUGUGUCAAAAUCAUGGAGCUGCCCAAUAUUUGGGAUUUUAUGGGAAAAGCACAUUCGGGAUCUGAUAUUCCAUUACCUGUGUUGAGAAUGGUUUCAAAGCUGUUGCAAAGAGAGUUUGUCUCAGUUGAUUUGUUUUCUCAUUUUGUGGGUCUUGUAAAGGUUGGAUGAUGUCAUUACUAUACUGUUGUGACAACUAGACUCCAAAAUCCUGUUCCAGUCUGAACACCAAUAAGCUCGUAGAAAACAUUAACAGAAACUCCCUAGGGCCAAACGAGUGCUGAAAACAUAUUAUGGUUUAUCUUUAUUUUAUUCGCCAUUAAACAGAUUUACGAUGCUCUCUAUUUGUAUAUUAUGAUGGAUCACAUAUAUGAGACCAACACAAAUUUCAAAUUCAAUUGAUUAUUUACAAAAUUAAGAAAUUUGAUAUAAAUAAAGUAUGUCUAGCCACAGUAGCCAGUAUUAUUUUGGGUUACCAGUAGAAGAACCGUUACUUGGCUAAACUUAAAUGCCACAAAGUUACAAGACCCAUUGAUCAAAUUGUUUAUUUAAUACAAUUAUUAUGCCAUAAAAUUAAACAAAUUGUUUAUUUAAUUAUUAUACAGUAAAAAAAAAUUAUAAAUCAAAAGUAAUAAAUUAAUUAGUUAUAUAAUUAGCCACUAGCCAAACCAGACGUUAACCUCGAGCCAAGCGCAUGUGUCCAAUAAAACCGUCUUCAUAAUUAUUAAUUAAUCAUAAUUAUUUUUAGAAUACUUUGCAAACUUCUUAUAACAAAUUAUAACAGCUCCAGUAUUUAUUUGUAGAAUUAAAUGUGUACAUACAAACACUUUGUUGGCUUUGUGGCAUCUUCAGCAUUGCUGUUUGUUUGCCUCAACAAUGUUAAAUAUUGACAUAGACUUGGUACAUAUGACUUUGAUUUUGUGAUGGAUGUUGUAGUAAUGGGAGGGACAUGAUUUAAAAACCAUGUUUGAAAGCAAUCUUUUUUUUCAAUUUCAUCAAAAAAAAGAAUGACUUUGAAGAGCCGAUAAGAGUUGUUUGUAGGAACAAUGUUUAAAGGUAGUAGAGCCUUCCAGUAGAGUGCAAACACAUAAACACUGGAAACAUGAUAAAUUGCCUACAGUUACUCCAUUAUUGCAAAGCUUUUGUGGUUUAAGUGACCAAACCUGAACAUUCCUUUACUGAAGUACUUACAGACGAGGUGAAAGGAAGGCAUUUUUGUGACCGACUAAAAGCCUCUCUGUCUUUUUCUGAUGGGUGUAGGGUUACGGUAUUGUGAGGAGUAACGUGGGAACAGUAUCAUGAAAACCCCAAACCUCUCUCAAACUGAGUAAUUAAUAGAUGCGUGAGAGUCUUAUGUCAGAUUUAUUCAGUAAAUUGCAGGAGAAGAUGCUUUUGCAUCAGCGUAAUGGACUGUAACAGAGGGCAGAGGGCUUUCUCAAAGACCCUCAAUCCAAAAACCACACUAGCAUCGCAAUUAUCAGUCAAGGAGCGAUUCUGAGAGCUUUAUUGGAGCAAAUGAAGGGAAACGCAGAAGUGGAUCUGGCACGUUCACAAUAGAAACAGUAAGAGUAGGUUUCCACACAUCCUUUGGCAUCUGGUGAGCUGUAUUUGAAUGUAUUUGAGGAUUGAUACCGGAUACAUAGACUCCUGUGAUGUAUUGAAUGAAACCCGGGAGGUAUUGAGCUGAGGAUACCGGUGAUGAAUAACAUACCAAUUAUCAGGCAUAUCAAAGGACAGUUUCCUCGCUGAUGGAUUUCUCUUGUAUUUCAUUCACACCUUGGUGGAACAUGUCCGGAUCGAGCCCAGAACGGCUGCUACAAUAUUCAGUGUUUGACCUCUCGUCUCUCUGUUUCAUUUACUUAAUCUCACCCAGAUAUGAAAAAUGUUUAUGUAACAGGCAGGUUUAAUAGAAGUCAGUGCGAUGGAACUCAUUCGUGCACUCUGCUGCACCCUCAAGCUUAGUCAUUCAUUCACGAUUAUUUGUACCUUUUGUACACGUUUAUUUACACCUUUUGUAUACCUCCCUGCAGUUUUUCUGCAUUAUUCGACUUAAUUGAAAUGACCUCAAAGACAUAAACGUGUUUAAUGCUGUGCUUGUACAAUGACAAUGCAGAGUUAGAUUUUUUUGAAAGUUAAAUGAAAAAUUAUACGUGAUUUAAACUGCACGUAUGUAAAGAUUGUUUUGGAAUGUAAUCAGUGCUUUAAAGGGAUAAUUCACCCAAAAAAUGAAAAUUCUUUCAAACCUGUAUGACUUUUUCUUCUGCAGAACACAAAAGAAGAUAUUUUGAAGAACGUUGGUAACCAAACAACACUGGACCCCAUUGACUUCCAUUGUAUGGGCACAAAACCACUUAGAUAUUUCUCAAAAUAUCUCAUUUUGUGUUCCAUGGAAGAAAGACUUAUAUACAGGAUUUGAAUAAAUUAAGACGAAACAAACCAAAAUUGUUUUUCUGUAGUUCUAUUGGUAUGUCAUUGCAUUAGCAGCACAAAGGUCAUGGGUUCGAACACAUACUGAAAAAAUGUCUAGGUUGAAUGUAUUGCAAGUUGCUUUAAAUAAAAUGAAGAAUAAUUCACAAAUGUAAAUGUGCGUUUAAUGAUUUCAUCGUCCUAAUGGAGUGUAGAAUAGCUCUCAUGCUGUCGAUAAAAGUUACUGAAUUUGAACUAUUCCUUGAAAUCUUUCGUUUGUG